AUUCUUAUAUUACGAUUUAUGAUCAUACAAUUAUUAAUUAAUUAAAUGUUAAUUUACGAUGUUUACGAUGUUUUGACUUUCGAAUAUUCCAUAGAUAAUAAAAUAAUGGAUAAGCCAUGACAUCUUAUCUCAUGUGCAUGAACGUCACAACGUCAUAAUAAAAUAAUGAUAAAACCCCUUGCUAGAGUGAGAAGCAAUCAUAUGAAAACAGUCUGUCUCUCAUCCACAUUCCUGAACGCAAACCCUUUUGUACACUAAUAUAGGAAUGGCCUAUCCAUUUUUUUUUAUUAUCUAUGGAAUACCAGCUAUUCGAUCGUUUCAUCGUUAUCGCGGUAGUGUGGCCACCGCGGCGGCGGCACGUUCCGAUUCCGAAGUCCUGAACGCCACUGAUUAUCAGCUGCUGACCUCCUUCGUAUCACACGCAGUGACUUUUCCCUUAUCAUGUGGAUGUGAUUUCCAUAUCGUAGGAAAUCGUCCGAUUGUUUAAUAAAUUUCAUCAUUGCGAGCGCCGAGUUACGACUCUCCAUCGACACUCGACUGGACGGCGUGUCGCGUGUGAACGACAGUCACUUUUCGUAGUCGUUGUCGCGCAAUCCAUUUCUUUUUUUUUUUAUUGUUUUUAUUUCAUCUAAUUAUCUGUUUUGGUUAUUAUUUUUAUUAAUUUUUUUAUUCUCAAUACUUUCUAGUGUUUUUGGGUCUACCUUGUAAAUUCUUUGUUUCCAUGGCGUUCGUCCUGAAGAAUCCUCAAACCAAAAGCUUAUUAUCUUAACAUUAGGAACUUAACAAAACAAACAUUAAAUGUUUAAGUGAUUACACAAUUAUGAAUAUUGACGACAUGAUUGGCAACGACAAAAUGCAUUCCUUUUGUUUACCUGUUGAAUCAUGUGUGGUUUGUGGAGAUCGAGCAUCAGGCCGACAUUAUGGAGCAAUAAGUUGUGAAGGGUGUAAAGGUUUCUUUAAAAGAUCUAUUCGUAAACAACUAGGUUAUCAAUGUCGAGGUACCAAAAUGUGUGAAGUAACAAAAAAUCACCGUAACCGUUGUCAAUAUUGUCGUCUUCAAAAAUGCCUGACCAUGGGAAUGAGAAGUGAUUCUGUGCAACAUGAAAGGAAACCAGUUACAGAUAGAAUAGAAUCUAUUCAUAAUAUGUCAACUAGCCCGGACAAUAAUAACAUUCCUACAUUUUCAUAUGGAAAUAAUUCAUUUAUUAAAACUGAAAUGCCAUUUAUCAAAAAUGAAAAUCAUUUCAUCAAAACAGAAAUUCCAUAUGUAGGAAAUCGGUCCGUAUAUAAUGAUCAAACAGCAUUGAAUUUACUCCAAACAUCAAAUGAAAAUGAUUCUUCUAUUAGAAAUCAGAAUUAUAUGGAUUAUUAUAUGGCUGAAGAUGAAGAGUCAUCAGUUAGCCAUUCUCCAAAUAAUGAACAGGAUAUUAAACCAUUUAAUCAAGACAACAAAAGCCUAUUAGUACUUACAUUGGAUUCUAUGACAAAUGCUACACAACAGAACUCCAAUGGUACUGAUUCAUCGUAUGAAGUUGAAGUGCAGAGUAACAAUGUUUUAGAUAUUUGUGAAGAUGUAAUGCCAUCUGUCAAUGUUAAUUUUCCAUUUCAAUCACCCAGUCCUAAAUACGCAUACUUAAAUCUACAUUUUAUCUGUGAAAGUGCUUCAAGAUUAUUGUUUCUGUCUAUAAAUUGGGUUCAGAGUCUUCCAGUUUUUCAGCUUCUAACAUUUGAAGUACAACUUAGUCUGCUAAAAAGUUCUUGGUCACAACUGUUUAUUUUGGGUUUAACUCAAUGCGCACAAGCAUUAUCAUUGAUACCAGUUCUUAGUUCUAUGAUUACCCAUUUACAAAAUGAUGAAAUUCACAACUCGCCCAACUCCAGUAAAGCUAAAGAGCUUAUUGAUUACCUCAAUAGAAUACAAGAUUAUAUUACAGAAAUGGAAAAUAUUGAAGUGAAUGAUGUAGAAUAUGCAUAUUUGAAAUUAAUAUCCUUAUUUAACUCUGAUAAUCCUUCUGAAAGACAACAGUUAUACAAACUACAAGAAAAAGCUGUCAAAGAAUUGAAACAGCAUUUAAUCAAAGAAUGCAAUGAUGAACACCGUAUAGCCAUAUUAUUGUUACGACUUCCAACUUUACGAUCAUUACAACCUAAUAUCAUAGAAGAAAUAUUCUUUUCUAGUUUGUUGGGUAGUUUUCAAAUUGAUGCAGUUAUACCUCAAAUUUUAAAACUAAAAUGUUCAAGUACAGAGUAUGAAGAUUUUGUUUCAAAAAACUUUGUAUCAUAAUAAUUAUGAUUAGUCAUAUUUAUGGUUUGUAUUCCCAUUAUAAUCUUCUUGUAUUUAAAUUUUAGUUUUAUUUAGGCUUGAAAAAUAUUAUAAGUUAAAAUAUUUAGGUAAUAGGUAAUGUCUCUACUUAUAAGAUAUUAGUUCGAAAAAAAUUAAGUUUGCAAUCAUAAAUCUUUUAGUUUUUCUAAAUACUUUAAUAGUUCUAUAUCUGGAUUAAUAACAGUUAUGCGAAACCAGACAUUUGAUAAAAACAUAAGUUAUUCAAAUAUUGUGUGAUAUCUAAAAAAUAGUGUUUCAGAUAUGCAAACAACCCUCUAACUCAAUAGUUGCUAUGAAUAUUAAUUGUAAUUGUAAUAAUUUUUAAAAUAAAACUUAAAAAAUAGUCGAGAGGAUGUCUUAUAAAUAGACAAAACAGUCAAUUUGCGUUCAUAGUUCCAAUUGUAUGUUGUUAGCUUUAAUAUUUGAGUGAAUAAAACUAUUUUAAAACUUAAUGAUAAGAACAGUAUUUGGUUGUCUGUGUAAUCUGAAUAUCAGUGUUUACUCAAUGGAUUUUUACACUAUUUUAAUUUAAUAAAAAUUAUGUGUAUUAAUUGAUAAAACAUAAAUAUUUUACAUACACAUAAAUUUCAUAAAAAAUAUCAAAAAAAAAACUUUAUAGCCAGAUAUUGUUCUUAUAAGAUAAAACCACAAAAUCGUAACUGCUGAAAUCAACCUUGUUAUGUUGUGCAUUUGUAAAUUAAAAAAAAAACACAUGGUUAUGGUGUCCUUUUAAAAUCAAAAAUAAUAAUCAUAGCCCCUAUAUUUUACACUAUGACAAUAACUUUAUUUUUGUUUGAGAAAUUUCUGUUGAACAACUUUUUGUUGUGAUAGUAAUGUAUAGUUUAUGUAGCAUAAUUAUUAAUUAGGUCUUAGUAGACAUCACGAUUACAGAUAUCUUUAAUUGUGGUAGACAUGGUGUGUCAUGUUGGUAAAUAUUUAUGGAUGUUCGCUCAUCAUAAAACAAGGAAUGGUGAGGAAGCAGCUGGACACCAUUUCUAGUUGACAAUAAUUGGUUUGUUUUGCUGUAAUAACUUCAAAAUAAUUAUUCUCGCAAAAUCCAAGUUUCUGAUUGCAUCAUGGUUGCCAGUGAGUAAUUAUGCAUAAUAUUUUCUUUCAAUUAAUUUGAAUUUUGGGAAGGAGGGGAGUAACCAGAAUUUUCGUUCUAACAUCUUGUUUUUGUUCUUAAAUAAGUUUUAAUAAAAUACCAAUAUUUAUUUUAUUUAUGUAUAUAAAAUAAUGCCGGGAUGAUUAAAAGUAACAAAAUAACUAGUUUAAUUUUAAAAUUGACCUACAAAUAAUAUACAAGCAUGUACAAAAGUAUAAUUGAUAAUUUAUUAAUUAAAUAAUAAUCAGUAAAAUGGAGUAGUACGAUUAGUAGUAUAUCAUGUAUAUUCAUUUAAAUAAAAAUAUAUUAUAAACCUCCUUUUCAUAAUUUAAUUGUAAUUUAUAAUUUAAUGUAACCAGUCUUCCAAAAAGUUGGUGAUUGAUUAAUUCCAAAUUUGUAUUUAUUUUGGAUAUUGUUAUAAACAUUUUUUAAUCUUGUGAACUUAAUAUAUUUUGAUUUUUAAUUAAAUGUAGCUAUGUAAAUAUUUAAAGGGGUGUAGAAAUAAAUAUUAUAAUUAAUGUCUUCAAAGAAUCAAAUUGUUUGUACUUUAUGUUGCUAUUCUGAUUAGACUUACAAUAGUUGUUUUAUUUUUUGAAUCACAAUAAUGCUCAAAAUUAAAUAUUAUAGAAGCUUGUUAAUCCAGAUAUACUAGAUAUACCAAUAAAAUUGUACCAAAGAGGAGGGUUAACGAUAUUGAAAUAUAAAGAUGGUAUUGGUAUAUUGGAAAUAGUACCGGAAGUAGUAACAUACUUGUGUAUUAAGUAUUAACACAUUUUUAUCAUUACAUACUUACAGUAAAAUUACUCAUUUCUAAUUACUAAUUAGGCUGUCUGGAUACAUACAAAUUUCUAUUAUGAUAAUAUUAUAAUUAGUGCUCGGAUUCAAAUGCCAUAAAAAUAUCAAUAAAAUGCCUUUAUGAACUAAGAACUGUCUUAAAAAUAUGAAAAAUUGCAUUUAACAUGUAAAAUUAAGUAAGAACAUUUAUAAAUAUAAAAAAAAUAGUAAAAAAAUUAAAUUUGACAAAUAACAUAUUUUGUAUUACACUGUACAAUGAGAAUUAAAUUUCACCUGAAGAUUACCUGAUGUUAUAUAGAUCAAAAUAAAAAUGAUUUAUAUUACGUAGUACUAUGUUUAUAUUUCAAUUAAAUCAAUUUUUUAGUCAUAUGAAAAUAGGUCAAAAAUGUCUUAAAAAAUUAAAAAAUGCAAACAUCCCAAAAAAAUGUUGUGGUUACAACCUGGAGUACUCGAAACACAUUUAUAGCUUGAAAAACUACAUGUAAGACAUUUCAAAAAAAAAAAUGCAAAUGCAUUGAAAUUCGAGCCCUAAUUAUAAUAGUUAAAAAAAAAUUACUUUAGUUGAAAACUAUUGUGUUUGUUUGAAAAUUCUGGGUUUGUAAUAAAAAUAACAAAGCUAUUAUAUUUUUGUUUUUUAUAUCUUUUUGAUGUAUUUAUCAAAUAUUUUGAUAUAUCCCAUAUCAUUAAGAAAUAAAAAUAAACAUUUCUGUCAAAAUUAUUUUAAUUUACUAAAUGAUAUUUUAAAACUGAUUUUCUGUUAUUGGUUGGGCUUCCACUAGAAUUAAUAUUUGACUUAUACAUAAUUCUACUAAUUAUUAUAGUAACUUAAUGUUGUAAAGAACUGCAUACUAAAAUGAUUUUAUUUUUAUUUUUAAACAAAUAUAUUGGUAAUGUAAUUUUUUUUAGCCUAUUUAAAAAAAGUAAUUAUUGAAUUAUUUACAAUAAUUAUAUUUUUUUCUAUUGAUCAUAUUGCCAAUUUUUUAAUUAUUCUUAACUUAUUUUUUGUAUUUAUUUAAUAGAACAACUUCUUACUUAUAUUGUAUGGCAAUUUUGUUAUUCUCUAAAAGUGAGUAGAUUAUUAGUAUAAAUAUCAUACAUUUAUAUGUAUAAUGCAUUUUUAAGACUUGUUAAUAAUGUCUUAUUAUAAUUUAGUCUUUUUUAAAGACAUUUUUUUUCACCUAUCGUAGAUUUGUUAGAAUUUCCUAUUGUAUAAUUAUUAUAUUAUAAUAAAUUAAUACCAUACAUUAAUACAUAAUAUAUAAUAUAUAUCGUAUAUGCUUAGCUAAUUGUACCUAACAGUUACGUUAACUUUUAUGUAUACAAUUUGGCACGGGGUUUUGCAAUAAUAUUCAUUUUAUUAUUCUGAGAAUAUAAAAAUAAUUAUGCUUAUAAUUAUUUAUAAAUUAUAAGUAAUUUACAUAUUACACUUUUUUUUACAGGGUAAAAUACUCUUAUAAAACCUUAUAGGUAAAUCAGUUUACUUUUAAAUUACCUCAGGGUUAGUAAUCGAGACAAUAAACAUAACACUUUUGUGUUGAUAUAAUAUAUUAGGUAUUCAGUUUUAGUAUUUUUUGUUAUUAAUAUACUAUUAUAUUACAAACUAUACAUUUUUAUUUAAAAAUAUUUAAUUGUUUUUUGUUUGUAAUUUUAAUCAUAAGCGUAAGUUCUGUAAGUUAACUAUGUUUUAACUUUAUUUAUAGUGAUAAUCAAUAACAUUUGACAAUAAAAUGCUGUGUUUUAAAAUAGGUAGGUAAUUCAAAUUUAACGAUAACCAUUGUAUUAUAUUUUUACUCUGCUAUUCUUUAAAAUUUAAAUAACCUCUUAAAUAUAUUAUCAAAUUGUAAUAAUUAUAUAAGAUGCUGUACAUAGUGAUUAAUGAGUGCACGGCACACAAAGUCAUGUUAAAAAUAUGUUUUUAAAUGGAAACGGUAUGCAAUAUGAACACGUUAUAUUACAUCUUUGAAAUUGGUUUGUUCGUUCACUACUAAUGUGAUAUAUUAGAAUAUUAUAUAAGACAAAAUAAAUUUGGCCAGAAUAUUGUGAAUAUUAUGUUUUUUUUUUUUGUCCUAAAUAUGUUGUAGAAUCAGUGGCAAAGAUAAUAUUUUUUUUUCUAGUAGUAAAUAUUGAUUAUGACAAUACCUAGUAUCUACCUAUAUAUAUAAUUAUAAAAUUAAAAUUAUUUCUCCAAGCUCUAAUUAUUUUAUACUUUAAUAAAUUAAUUAAGUGGUGGCAUAUAUAUUAUUUUACUUAUGCUAUUUGCUUUUCCGAGUGGAAGGAAUCAACUAUAACAUACUUAUCAAUCCUAUCAUAUAUUCUUAUACUUAUCUUUGUUGCUGGUUUUGCUAUAAUGAUAUUCUAAAAUUGUAAUUUGCUACAAGAAAUGGAUGUGGGAAAUACAGUGAUUUUAUAACAUUCAUUAUAAUAGUAUGAUUUAUAUUUUAAUUUAUAUAAUCAUCAUCUUAUUUUUAUUAUUAUUUGUUAUAGUUUGUUUUGUUUUAUUUUUAUUUUGAAUGAAAUAAUUAUUGUUGAUUGUUACCAUUGAGGUUUAAUUUAUACUUUGCAAAAUUCAAUCAAUGUUGUACUAACUUCAAAUUUGCUUUAUAUUAGAUAAGUAGUUUUCUUUGUAUAAACCCUAUUAUGUUAUAUAUGUACCUUUACUACAGUUUUAGUCAAAUAAAUAAAGUUACAACUGUGCAA